CUGCUUUCUUUCCCACAGUAGUGCGGGCACCAGUCCUCCCCCCCACCCCCGUGCUAGAUUGUGAAGUAGGAGCUGCACUCCCCUUCCAUCUCGCGUGCCGGCCGAUCGAUCGGAGGGACCUGCUCUUCUCUGAGGGGUGGGGCCUGGUCACGCCCUCCCACUGAGCCCCCGCGCUCUGAUUGGCUGCCGUCACGUCACAGUGCCACCCCUCCCUUUUCAUUCAGCUGACUGCUUUGUGUAGGCGAGAGCCACAAGCAGCCACCCGCUACAGACAGAGAGGAGACCAGGGCAAAGAGAAAGGAAAGAGAGAGAGAGAGAGAGAGAGACGGGGGAGAUCCCGCCACCCCAUGCUGUGCUCCAUGGCCAACGUGGGCCCUCUGCUGCUCCCCCCCCUCCAGGGGCCUCCGCCGCUUCUCUACAUUCCCGAGGGUAACCAAGAGGCCACGCCCCCCCCAGAGGCAAUGGCUCAGUCGUACGCCCCCGGCCAGUACCCGCAACCCCCGCAGAGUGGGAUCCCUGCAGAGUAUGCUGUGGUGACGCCCCCACACCCUACGGCAACCUAUGGGGGUCAGUGCGGCCUCUACACGGCCACGCCCACAGCCACGCCCACCCUCAGCGAACGGUCUGUCACAGUCACAGACUGCAGUGCAACCACGGCAACGACAGACGGCGUGACGCGCUCGGCCACCUCCCCGGAGAAGCAGCAGCCUAAGCGGCUGCACGUGUCCAACAUCCCCUUCCGGUUCCGCGACCCAGACCUGCGCCAGAUGUUUGGGCAAUUUGGGAAGAUUUUAGACGUGGAAAUAAUUUUUAAUGAGCGGGGUUCCAAGGGCUUCGGCUUUGUAACGUUUCAAACAAGCGUGGACGCUGACCGCGCACGGGAGAAACUAAACGGUACUAUUGUAGAAGGACGCAAAAUAGAGGUAAACAAUGCGACUGCCAGAGUGAUGACGAACAAAAAGGUGGCCAACCAUUAUACCAACGAAUGGAAGCUGAACCCAGUGGUUGGAGGGGUGUGUGGGCCGGAGUUAUACGCAGUAACGGGGUUUCCCUACCCAGCCGUCGGGGCUGCAGUGGCCUACAGAGGCAGCCAGCUGCGUGGACGGGGCAGGGGCAUCUACAACACGCUCCGCACCGUGCCCCCACCUCUCCCCAUCCCGGCCUAUGGCGCAGUUGUGUACCAAGAUGGCUUCUACGGGGCAGAAAUUUACGGGGGUUAUGCAGCCUACCGAUACGCCCAGCCCGCCGCCGCUGCUACCUACAGUGACAGUUACGGCAGACUCUACGCGGCAGGGGACACCUACAGCCAAGCAGCCUACGCCGUGGGGACCAUGGCUAGCCUAUUCAAAGGAGGCUACAGCCGCUUCUCCCCCUACUAAAAGGGAGUAACCGUAUCCCGGCAACAAAACAUAAAAACGUUAAACGCCGCCUCCUCCUCAGUGGAAAACUAUUUUGAACUAAAAGCUUCUGGGUCAUGGUGCCACGCCCCCCUCCCGCGCCUGUAUGAGACAGGUUUUUGUUUCAAGAAGUACCCUCCAGUGACCUUUCUUACGAUGUAAUGCCCAAAUCUCUGUCUAGUUUGUCUUUAUUUGUUUUUUUAUGAAAUAUGGAAUGUGUACUGAUGACUACUUGGCCUAAAUGGCAUAUUUCUGGUGUCUAUAAUGCAAUUGUUAUAAAUUUGGCCUAAAGAAAAUGACCACCCCCACACACACACACACAUAAAACUUGUUUAAACCUGUAGAGCAUGCAGUAAUCUGUUGUAAUGUGGUUUAUACUGGGUUAUUGAGUUGUUUCAAAAAUGACACUGAUUUCCCACAAAUGCAAAGCUUUACAAAUUGGUUCUGCCUCAACUGCAGUCAAGCAGCAGUCUAUGCUGACCACAGGUCUCUGCUGGUCUGUCAUAUGGUGUGAGGACGGUUAAGGUUCAAUCAGGGCUGUAAUUAUUGUGUAAUCGGCAGGUGCUGUUACUCAGCAAUCACUAAGCAAACACGUCUUAUCCAAAGCAGCUCACGCUACAUAGAGUAGCUAUUACAUUGUGUCUGUCAGUGUAACUGGACAAAGCCGCGCAGGGGCCUUGCUGGCCGCGUGUCUCCGUAAGCAUGUGUGUCUCUAUCGCUUGUUCCCAGCCCCCUGGUGGAGUUGAGACAGACUCAUGUAACAGAAUCCGGGGCGAGCGUUUUCAGAGGGUCGGGGUUCAGUGCCACGUGCCCGCUUUCUCUCUUGCUGCUAUGGCUCCCCCCCUCAGAGUUUACGGUCUACCGGGGCUCACGCGGCGUCUCGAGAGAAGCUGACCCGCCCGGGUGUCCCUCAGGGCUUCUGAGCGUGAGAGCGACCGGACGGUGAUUAAACAGCGGCGCAGAAACACCGGAGCCACUCUGUACGCUCGAGUGAAGCUCUGCACGUACUUUAUAAAGCCAUUCUGUCUGCAGGUCGGCAGAUAAUACCAGUGCUUCUGGUUCGUUUGUUGAGUGUUUAUCUGUCCUUCCCGUGAAGAGGCUGUAGUCUGAAGUCUACUAAAAUUUAUAUUCACGUUGUUGUGUACAAUAUAGCCUUUGAUAUUACUGAUGCUCAGUUUUUGGAAUUGAUUGCUACGCACGGUUUACGGAACUCCUCUGACGGUGUCUCGUGGAGCCAAGGGCCUCUUUUUGAAUCCCUAAACAUGCUCCUUGUGUCUCACAUUAAGGGAAUUGCGCCGUAGAUUCGCGUGCGAGUUUACACGCUGACCGGCGCCCCCGUGCCGACUGCUCGCGCGAGCUCGUUUGCUGAAACUCCAAAGAUUGACGACAAAUAAAACGAGCUAAGCAAAGGCGUAAGACUCACAGCCACGAAAACCAGCAACUCACUCCUGCGACUUAAAAAUAACCCUUAUUGCAUAGUGUCAGUCACUUUGUGUGUUUCAGUUUUUCUGAGAACAAUUAAAUUAUUUCCGAGGUGUUAUAAGGGUAAUUAUUGCUAGAUUAAUUUGUUAUUCACUUGCAUAUAAAAUUAUGAUACAGACUGAUCUGGCUAGUACAUUGUACAAUAGUCUUCCAUUCAUAUACAGUAUACGACAUUUUCAGCUGGUAAUACUAUCAGAUUAUUACAUUUGUGUGUGUAAAUAUACAUUCAUAUUAUCGAAGACAGUUGUGUACUGUAAUCAUUUUAAAUUUCAUUUAGUGCUACAUUAUCAUGAUUCUGUUUUAUUCUUGCAUGACAGUAAUUUCUAUAAUGAAAUGUAUAACUUUUUUUUAUAACAAGCAAAGUACAUAUUACUGAUUCCGGGUCUCUUUUAUAUUCCACUAUGCCGUCUGUCUGAUGAGUUUUACCUGAGGAUCUGAUAAUGAAGAUGUAAAAUAUUUAUUGUAUGUUAUUGGAAAAAGUUCAUUUUUUUAAUAUUUAAAUUUAUGUAUCUAUGCGAGAUUUCAACAGAGACAUCUGGGGCUACGGAGACAAAAUAGCAAUCAUUUUGCUACAAAAAUUCUACUUGUGCAAUCGGUAAGGUCUUUAGGUACAAUUAGUGUAUAUCUCUGUAGAGCAUUCUUCAUCCUUCAUGGGGAACAUUACAGUCCAAGGUGACCUACAACUGGCGGUUGAGUUUUGGCUUUAGCAAACGGAAAGAGUUCUUUCAUAGUCAGCUCAUACCUCUGACCUUUGGAUAGAGAACCGCGAAAUGUCUCGAACCAGAGGGCCUGACACGUCCUGUGAGUUUCUGCUGUCCCGGAACACCCAUAUUAGCCGUUUAGUCAAGUUGUGCUGCCGAUGUGCCAUGCGAGUCCAGCCCUGUGUUUAUUUACGAAUGUUUGCAUAUGUCUCUUUAUUUUUAGUAAAAAACAAAACAAAACAGGUGACUAUGUUGGGUAACAACAUCAGCACAAAGGGGAAAUGGUGGAAUCGAGGAAGGAGGGAAAAAAAUCUUAAAAUGCAACACCAAAAAAACGCAACAACAAAUAAAAAAAAAAGAAUUAAAGCAUGGCGAAGGGACUCCUCCUCCUCUCAGGGCUGGCAGGUAGAUGGAAGGCAUGCGGCGUGUUGCCGCGGCAACAUCACAGCAAGCCAAACAAGGGCCACUUUCAUCAGAGACGAGAAGCAUAGAGGAAACGCAACUUUUUUUCUGUUCUUUAUUAUAUUUUAAGUCGUUAUUACAAGACCUGUAUAUAUAUGACAGUAUUUAUGACUGUUUUUGGUAAGACAUGGACAGCGCAGGGCCCAUGAGGUUAACGCCUUGAGUCCACCGCGAAGGAGGUGGGACAUCCUGUGCAAGGGCCAAUCAUCAACUUGAGGGCAUUCUGCUGCUGACCUUCCUGCGGACUGGACUACAGAUCAGCUUCCGGUGGGAGAGACGGGGCGGGACAGUGAUUUGACCUCCCAUAGGCGGCGCUCAUCCUGUGGGUCACUUCCUCUCAGGAAGCUGUGUCAGGGCCCCCCUGCCGGACCCCUGUCCCAGGGGGGCCUCAUUCCUGGACUUACGCAUGCCAAGCCUGUGACUCAGAUGGGGCUCUUCCGGAUUGGACCUGCCGUGGACCUGGACCUUUCGCUCAUGGCUGUCUCCUUCGCUGUGCCGUUCUUCUCGAGGUACCUUUGUGGGCAUGUCCAACAGCGCAACUGGAAAUGCGGCUCAUGUCCAACAGCGCAACUGGAAAUGCGGCUCAUGUCCAACAGCGCAACUGGAAAUGCGGCUCAUGUCCAACAGCGCAACUGGAAAUGCGGCUCAUGUCCAACAGCGCAACUGGAAAUGCGGCUCAUGUCCAACAGCGCAACUGGAAAUGCGGCUCAUGUCCAACAGCGCAACUGGAAAUGCGGCUCAUGUCCAACAGCGCAACUGGAAAUGCGGCUCAUGUCCAACAGCGCAACUGGAAAUGCGGCACUGAAACACUUUGGCCACAUUCCAUGCAUCCCCUUGUCACAAAUGUAACCUUUUAAAUCUAUUGCUGUUGUUUGUUUUUUCUUCAAUAAAUGGUGGUUGUUUUAUGGGAACAUAAGCAGUAAAUGGAUAUUAAUUUUUCAUUUUUUUUGUAUUAUUUCAUUAAACAGUUUUAUCAAUGGGACUGUUCAGUAUAUCUAAUAAAUGGGUCCAGUUAAGUAAAA